GGUAUAGAAGGGGAGGAUGAAGGAGCAAUAAGUAUGCUUUCUGAUAAUACAGCUAAGCUAACUUCAGCUGUCAGCUCUCUUCCAGAACUUCUGGAAAAGAAGAGGCUUAUUGAUCUUCAUACAAAUGUUGCAACAGCUGUUUUGGAGCAUAUAAAGAGUCGAAAGCUGGAUGUGUAUUUUGAAUAUGAGGAAAAAAUAAUGAGCAAAUCCACUCUGGAUAAAUCUCUUCUGGACAUGAUUUCUGACCCAGAUGCGGGAACUCCAGAAGACAAAAUGCGAUUAUUUCUUAUCUAUUACAUAAGCUCAGCUCAGGCACCUUCAGAGAUUGAUUUGGAGCAGUAUAAAAAAGCGUUGAUGGAUGCAGGUUGUAAUCUUGCUCCUUUGAGCUACAUAAAACAAUGGAAGGCUUUCACUAAGAUGGCUUCGGCUCCAACCAGCUAUGGAAACACUACGCCUAAACCUUUGGGUCUGUUUUCCCGUGUUAUGAAUACAGGAUCACAGUUUGUGAUGGAAGGAGUGAAGAACUUGGUACUGAAGCAACAAAAUCUACCAGUCACACGUAUAUUGGAUAACCUUAUGGAGAUGAAGUCAAACCCUGAGACAGAUGACUACCGGUAUUUUGACCCCAAGAUGCUACGAGGCAGUGACAGCUCAGUUCCAAGAAACAAAAAUCCAUUCCAGGAGGCGAUAGUAUUUGUAGUUGGAGGAGGCAACUAUAUUGAAUAUCAAAAUCUUAUUGACUACAUAAAGGGUAAACAAGGCAAACAUGUCCUGUAUGGCUGCAGUGAACUUUUUAAUGCUACACAGUUUAUCAAACAGCUGUCCCAACUUGGCCAGAAAUGAGACUGAAACACCAUUACCUGGAUGACAACGUGACAACAGAGAAUUGUUAUAACAUUCAGAUAUCUUCAUAUCUAUAAUUUUGUCAUUAUAUUAAAACUUAAACCCAUUUCACUAGUAUGAUAACUUUUAAAAAAAGAUCUGUAAUUAAUACGGUGUAUAUCAACAUUUCGGAAAUAAACCUUAAAACCU